CCAGCUCCCCAGGGGUCUCCAGGCCUCUCCCGGAGGGUUUCCAGGCCCCUCUCCCUGGGCCCGUGCCGCAUCUGAGGACCCUGUACCCAUUUGGUGCUUUGUACACCUGCAUCUCUAAGGACUUGCUGCUUUGGGUUUGCAGCACCUCACGCUGGUAAACAAUUCCAAGUGCAUCUGCUGCAGGUGUCCGGACAAGAGACCUUUGCCGUGUGACCUCACAGGAAGCAGCGACAUGGCGGGUUCCUCUCCAUUUAAGAUGCGAUUAGUUCACCUGGACCUGAAAGGCGCUCCGCCGAGGGUCUGCUACCUCUCGGAGGUGAGCGCCCCUCUUCUUCAGAGCGCCGCCUCUCUGGGUGUGGUUUUGAAGCUGUGAACCGUGUCCCGGGGCCGGCACCGGGAACGCAGCUGUGGACUCCGGGCUGGGACGCGGUGGUGGCAGCAGCACAGAUUUCGAAUUUUCCCCAGAUGCCCUCACAAAACAGGCUGCAGCCAGGACAGCAAAGGGGAAAACAGGGGACAGGGGACACCCACAGCCGCUUCGCUGUGAGCAGAGUCACGUCUCCCAAAGAGACGUGACACGUUGGAUCCGUGAGUGGACCUGGUUGAAAGACGGUCCUUGCAGUGUCAUCGAUGUGAAAUGAGGUCCUGGGGGAGUGCUGCCGUCUUCAUAAGGACAGCGAAAUUCAGACACAGGGAAGGCGGUGUGGGGACACGGGGAGGUACCACGCGAGGACAGAGGCAGAGACAGUGGAUGCAGCCACAAGCCCAGGAGGGCCACGGAUGGCAGAAACCUCCCGAAGCGGGAGGGGCAGGGGGCUUCCCCAUGCGCCUCAGAGGGAGCGCAGCCCUGCUGACACCUUCGUGCUGGACUUGUGCCUCCAGGACUGUGGGAGAACGAAGGCUUCCUUUCUGAAGCCCCCAGUGUGCGGUGACUUGUUAUGGGGGCCACGGGAGAAAGCCAGGGGCUCUCAAACUAAAGUCGGUGUCAGGGAUCUCGCUGAAUUUCCAGAUGCAGGCGGAGGGGCUGGACCACUGACAGCAUAACGCCCACGUGGGGCCAGCGGCCGGGCUGCGGGGAGGAGCGGGAGGAGAAAGAGGAACUGCGACAGCGCCAAGACCAGGGGACCCAGAACAGGGCCCCGCAGGUAAGGGCUGUCAGAGGGAAACGGGGCCAGGUGUCUCUGGCUCCACCCCAAGGGCGCGUGCAGACAGGCCUCAAGGCACUCCACAGUUCCUUCCAGAAACUUCUUCAGAGGGGCGGAGCCCUACGCUAAGGACGCAGAAAGAAUCCACACUGAGCUGGCAGGGACCUCGUGGGUGCAGGAGAGCGAAGGUCGGGCUCCUGGGGACGCGGGACCGAGUCCGUGGGAGUCGCUGCACCGAGUCCGAAAGUGCUGACCCUGCGUAACAGCAGCUCAAGAACCUGCUCUUGGAAACACAGGAAAACACAUCUCACUUAAAAACGCACCACUAGAUGGAGUUGCCAUCGUGGCUCAGCAAAAACAAGCCUGACUAGCGUCCCUGAGGACACAGGUUUGAUCCCUGACCUCGAUCAGUGAGUUAAGAAUCCGGCGUUGCCGUGAGCUGUGGUGUGGGUCGCAGACACGGCUCAGAUCCCGCGUGGCUGUGGCUCUGGCGUAGGCCAGUGGCUACAGCUCCGACUCAACCCCUAGCCUGGGAACCUCCAUAUGCUGCGGGAGCAGCCCAAAAAAUGCAAAAAAAAAAAGACGAAAACAAAAACAAAGACCAAAAAAAAAAAAAAAAAAAACCAUUAGAGUUCCCUGGUGGUGCCAUGGGUCAGACUCGGCAUUGUCACUGGUGUGGUCCGGGAACUGCUACCUGCCGCGGGUGAGGCCAAAACCAACAAUGACAAUAAAAACAGAAUGAGAGCAGAGAAGUAAGGAAGUGGUAGAAGCUACAGAAGAACAGCACGAAUCAGAAAUAGAAAAGCCCAGAAGCGUGACAGCCCCAUCGAGGAGGUUGUGAAAAGACUGCCUCCAGAACUCGGGUGAGUGAAAGAGUCAGACAUUAAGACGAAACCAGAAAAAGAACAGAAGCGAACAGACACCAUGGACAGCAGACACACGGAGAGCAGCCACCACGGAGGGAGCAGUAAUGGGAAAUAGCGGGCAGAGAAGAAAACGUCGGGUGUGACGAGGUGAAAGCAUUGUGACAAAGGGGCAGCUGCACAUCAGUCACAGAGCGAGCACCCAGCUCAUUACCGCUGCUGCCGACAGCCCGCCCAGCCUCGGGUCCAGACACAGGUUCUUAUUCCCCCUGGGGGCGCCCUCAGGCCGGGCUUAGCCUGCCAGCCACCCACAGCACCAAGGAUGCCUCCACCCCCAACACAAGUGCCAGAGAGGCCGACAGCUACGGGGAGCCCAGGGGCGAAACUGCCAAGAAAACUCGAAGACCCGGUCUUCCCCCUGUUCCGAGCCCUGGGCGCCAACGGCCUCCUCGUCGAGUAUGAAGACAUGUUUCCCUACGGGGGCCGCCUGGGGCUGCUGAGGGCCAAGCACGCCUACAGCCCCUCCGAAAUCAAAGAGAUCCUGCGUCUGGCCACCCUGAACGAGCUGGAGGUCAUCCCCCUGGUGCAGACGUUCGGACACAUGGAGUUUGUGCUGAAGCACGAGGCGCUGGCUCACCUCCGAGAAGUGGCGCUUUUCCCCAACACUCUGAACCCCCACGAGGCGGAGUCGCUGGCGCUGGUCGCAGCCAUGGUGGACCAGGUGAUGGAGCUGCACCCGGGCGCCCGCUGGCUCCACGUCGGCUGUGACGAGGUGUACUACCUCGGAGAGGGCGAGACUUCCAGACGGUGGCUGCAGCAGGAGCCACACUCCAAAGCAGAGCUGUGUCUGUCCCACAUGGAGGCGGUGGCCAGCCACGUGCGGGCCCGGCACCCUGCCACGACACCCCUGGUGUGGGACGACAUGCUGCGAGACAUCCCGGGGGACCAGCUGGCAGCGUCGAGGCUGCCGCAGCUGGUGGAGCCCGUGCUCUGGGACUACGGGGCCGACCUGGACGUCCACGGCAAGGCCCUCCUCAUGGAGAAGUACCGCAAGAGCGGCUUUGCCUGGCUCUGGGCCGCCAGCGCCUUCAAGGGGGCCACGGGGGCGAACCAGGCCCUGACCCCCAUCGAGCACCACCUCAGAAACCAGGUGCAGUGGCUGCAGGUGGCGGGCAGCGUGCCAGCAGACUCGCUGAGGGGCAUUGUCCUGACUGGCUGGCAGAGCCACGGAACCUUCCUGAAGCUGCUCUGCAGAAGCUUCUGGAUCCCAGUCCCGUCUUGCAGUGGCUCCGAGCUGCUGAGGGCCCCCUCCUGCGGAUUUAGGUACGACCACUUCUCUGUGCUGUGUGAGCUGCUGCCCGUGGGAGUCCCGUCCCUGGCCGUCUGUCUGCAGACGCUCCUACACGGAGGCUUUGCCGAGACCGUUAAAGCAAGAGUGGAGAGCUUUCUUGGGAUUUGGAGCUUAGAAGUAACAGAUUUCACGAGCGAGCGGGCCGGCUCCUUCCCCGGCAGCGACAUCCUGGCCCUCGUCGCCCACGUCAGCCUCCACCUGUGCGGCUCCGUGGACGCGUUGCUGGAGAGGGACAGGUACGUGACCGGCUGGUUCAGCCCCUACCACCGCAGGCGGCGGCGCAUCCACCCCGUCAUGGUGCAGCACAUCCAGCCCCGGGCGCUCAGCCUCCUGUCCAGGUGGAGUGCCGUCGUGGGGGAGCUGGAAGCUGCCCUGAAGCGAGUCUUCUACCCGGACGCGGUGGAGGAGUGGCUGGAGGAGAACGUGCACCCCAGCCUGCAGCGGCUGCAGGCGCUGCUGCAGGACCUCCACGAGGCGGCCAGCCCCAGGCCCGACUCGGGCCAAGACCCCUGAGCAAGGAGCGGGGGCAGGGGCGGUGAGCCGGCCGCCGGCCUUCCUGUCCCUGAGGCUGAGCCCGGACCGGGAGGCAGAGGCGCGGGCCUGUGCGCGGUCAGUGCAGACGACUGAUUCCUUCAAGAGGAGAGUGGAAGCCAGAGGUCACGCCAGAGGAAACCGCAAAGUCCCUGUCAGCGCCCUGGCUCCGGCUGCUGGAGGUGGGCCCUCACGGUGGCCCGAGAAGCCGGCCCGAGGGAGGAGCGGGCCAAACACCCUCCCUCUGUUCUCCAAGCAUCUCCCAGCCCGCGGCCAAACACCAGAAAUCAAUUACAGCAGUUCACGCCUUUA